CCAAUACAGGGCGACGCAGGCCUCCUCAGCUUUCAGUUAUGGUCGUUGUAUUCUCCAUUCUCUAGGAACAAAUCACAUUAACUGCGUCAGUGAUUUUAAAUUUAUAAAAGCGCUAAGAAUCAUAAACUGUUUAACACUCAAAUAAAUUCUAUAUUAGUAUGGAAACAGAAAUAAUCUACUUUAUAAUAUUUAAGUACACUAUAUGACUGUUGGUAUACGUGAUGUCAAUGUUGCCACAUUAGUUCUCUCGUCCGGCAAGUUAAUGAAAAUUUAUUUUCAAAUUACAAGCUAUUUUUUUUUUUUAUUUCUUAAUUAUAAGAGACAAUGAAAAGUAGAAGAUUGUUGAAGAUCCAUCCCGUCUCUACUCAGUUAAAAUAUUAAAACUUGUUAUAUGGAUGGAAGAAGUUUCUAGGGAAUUUUCUAAGUACUUAUGUGGAUUAAAAACUUUGUUUGAGAUUACAUGCGUGGCCAUGUGUGCAGAGUGAUUUUCGUAGUUCCUUUGCGCAACUAAUAUAUGUUUGCCGCUUUGUGUUGGUGAAAGUCACAUAAGUUAAAAUAAUAACAAUUCUAAUUUUCUGUGAAAGUACGUGAAAAUGGGGACUAAAAGGAAGUCAUUAUCAGAGUGUUUUGUGGACUUGAUCAAUCCUGCACCAGCAUCAUUUGAUCCUGAGGAUGAUAUAUAUCCGGAUACAGUGGCAAAAGUUGUUGAAAAUGAAGAUGGCUUUAGUGAUGAAGAAAAGAGUUUAAACGAACUUAGGAAAAGAAAUAUAGAUUUGAUUGAAGAAGGGGAUGAAAGGUACAAUGGGGCAAAGAUAUCACGAAAAGCACUUGAAAUGCAAGGAGGUGAUACUGAUGAUGAAUUGGAAUCAAGUAAGGAGGGUAGCUCACAAGCAGACGAUUCAUACAUUAGUGGAGGAGAAGAAGAUGAGAAUCAGGAAGACUCUCCUGAUGAAAUAAAUAGGAAUAAAGUGUUACAACCAGAGAAUGAUGAAGAUACAAACAGUUUUCAACACAUUUCAUGCAGGAGCAUGGAGACAGAAACAGAGAAGGGCAUUGCUGUUAGAAAUCAGUUAAAUGUAUGGGACUGCUUACUGGAAUGUAGAAUUAUGUUACAGAAGACUUUGACUGCAGCCAAUAAAUUACCACAGCAUAACAUCUUUGAGCAGUUCACUGCACAAGGGGGACCUGAGUUUAAAGCUGAAAUACAACAAACUAUACACACAGUUACAACUUUACUGGAAAGUUUGAUUGCUUUUCGAACAAUAAAGUUCAAGUCAUAUCCUGAAACAGAAACACUUUACAAAAAGGCCAAAUAUGAAGGUCUUUCAAAGAAAGUGGAUAAGAUAUGUAGUGAUACAGACGAAGACAAUGGUGACUCAAGUAAUGACAAGAAUGAAGUACUACAUCAACAGAAAAAACAUACUACAAAACACCGAACAUUGGAACACUAUUCUGAACUUAUCAGUGAUCAUCACAAGAUGUAUCUAGAAUAUCGCAAUGCAAAUAUUCAGAAGUGGAAUGAUAAGACACGUGUUUUGGCAGGAAAACUCAGCAGUCGUAACUUUUCAACUUUUGAACAGUCAACACUUAAACAAAUUGAGCAGAUUCUAAAUAAUCGUCAAAGACUCAUACAGCGUUCCCAGUUGAAGAGGUCAUCUUAUGGUAUCUUGGGACAAGAACUGAUUCCACAGCAGCAGCAAGAAAAUUCUGAAGAACCCAUUGUUUCUACAACUGCAGAUAAUUUGAAGACAGAGCGGGAUCAGUCUAAAGAAUAUAGUACUGAAAUAUAUGAUGAUACAGAUUUUUAUCAUCAACUUUUAAGAGAACUGAUUGAGAGGAAGUCAUCAGAUGUUACUGAUCCAGUACAGCUUGGACGACAAUGGCUAGAACUCCAAAAACUUAGAAGUAAAAUGAAACGAAAAAUAGAUACAAGAGCAACAAAGGGUCGUAAAAUUAGAUAUGCAGUACACUCCAAACUCAUCAAUUUCAUGGCACCUGUAUCUCAAAAUCUUUAUAGUGAAGAAGCAAAAACUGAGUUGUAUAACUCACUGUUUGGAAAUGGCAGGAGAUAUUGAGCAUGUGUAGGCCUGGGCAAUCUUUGGAAGCUAGCAGUUCAGAUUAUUAAAGUGAAAUUGUUUCCACUGAUAAGUUUGUAGUCAAAUGGAAAUGCAAAAUUUUAAUGAUCGUAAGAGGGCUCCAAAAGUCAGGUUACACACUACUUACUAAAAUUUUAAAAAUCAGUUCUGUUCUGUUUUCAGAGUAACACUGCAUUGGUUAAGGAGCUGCCUUGUAAUACUGCAAUUUUCCUCCAUUUGAAUUUUACCAUUCAGCACAGUUACUGGUUUUAAAUUGUGUACAGGGCUGUGGAGUCGGUACUAAAAUCUCCGACUCCUUCAUAAAAGCUCAAUAUGUAUUAAUAAGGGUAAACCUACUAAAAUGGUAAAUGGCACCAUAAGAGAUUUCAUCACCACCACGUGAAU